ACAAUCCUGUUCUGUAUUUGAAAUGUGAGCUCCGUCAGGUCUUGGAUGUGGACCUUAAGUUGCCACUGACUAAUGAAGCCAAGGAGAAGGCCUUGGCUUUUGCAGCACAGCAGCAGAUGUCGGAUAUAGAGUAUGAGCGACGGUUGAUCACAGGCACUCUGGAGAGCAGUAGUGUUCGCGUGGCCAUCGCCCUCCUGGGGCUGACGAAGAUUGAGACUUGUGCUCUCUUUACUACCUCAAAGUUGAAGAAGCCUAAGUCCAUUUCAUACACAGCAGAACUGAGCCUUCCAGAAUAUUUUGAUAUCCCCAAGAAAAUCUACAUUCCUCAGAUUCCGGAAACUCAAACUAAAUUGACUCAGCCUCAAGGAAUUCAACCUGCAAAUAAAACAGUUGCAGGUGGAUCUGUUCUAGUUCCUUUACGAUUUGUUCCUCUCAGUGCUGGACGCUACCCUUGUAAAAUUUUGUUGACAUCACGGUAUGAUGUGCGUGUCUAUUGCAUUGAAGGUAUAGUAAAUGCAGAAGAACCAGAGGCCAGGUUUGAAUUUGAAACACCAGCAUUUGAAGCCCUUACCCAGAAUAUUCCAGUGAAUAACAAAACAAAGAAUGAAUGGAAAUGUCAAGUUACUAUAGAAGGAGAAUGGUUUUAUGGACCUUCUGUUUUAUAUGUUGGAGCAGGUGAAACUGUGCAGUAUCCUCUCACAUUCAGACCUAUUUUGGAAUGUGAGAUUAUGGGCAGACUUAUUGUGCAAAAUGAAGCAGAUGGUAUGGAGUAUGUCUUUGACAUAAAAGGGAUUGGAAAAAGACCCCUGGCCUUGGAACACAUCAUUAUAAACUGUCAAGUAGGAGAAAUGACAAAUAAACCCAUAAUGGUGCCCAAUCAUACAAAGACCAUCCAAACAUUUAAGGUAUCUUCAGAUCUUCCAAUGGUGUGGGGAAACCCAGUCAUCACCAUAGACCCUGAUAGCACAAUUCCAUAUAUUCUACACGUUUUGCCUUGGAAACGUGGUAUAUUCAAAGCUACAGAAGUUCGUCCUUCAUUCCUGUCAAGGAAUGUGGUUGAUGCAAUACAGUGUCCACCACAGCUGCAUGUGAUGAACAUUGGAUAUGGAGAAAUGAGGGAGAAAGUAGAGUCGAAUGUGCUUCUGAGA